AUGCCUCCGUUCGCAGAAGAAGGCGACUCGGGACAUAAUGUGCCCGUCAACAAGAUAACAAGCUUCCACGGCAGGCUGAAUCAAUACCUCCAUGAGAGCAACACCUCCAGCGACUUGACAAACAAUGUGCCCGGUUGCUCGACACCGGACCUGAAGCGAAGCCUCACCGCCGUCGAGGCCCAACCCGUAAUUCAAAGCGCAACAGCCAGCCUGAGCGCGAGUCCGAAGCGCCGACGAGCCGUCGCAAAGACGCCGACUCCUUCCCCGAGCAGAACCAGCAUCUCAUCGUCACGCCUGACCCGCUCACGUUCCAGCUCAUCAAUUCCAAUCUCUCCCCCAUCCACAACAACCUUUCGGACGCAGACACCAAGCAAACGCAAACGAGCCCCUCGAAAAGAAACCCCUCCCAUACCUUCAAGUCCACCUUCCCUCCUCCGUGACUCGAUUCCCCCGAACCUAAUACUCCUUCUUGUAGGCGUGAACCCAGGCAUCCUAACUGGGAUAACAGGGCACGCCUACGCCCACCCAUCCAAUCUAUUCUGGAAACUCCUGCAUUCAUCAGGAAUAACCAGUAUCCGCCACCCACCAUCAGACACAUACAAACUACCCGAGCUAUACAGCGUGGGCAACACGAAUAUCGUGGAACGGCCCACGCGGGACGCAAGCAUGCUCAGCCGGGCGGAGAUGGAUGCUGGCGUCCCCGUGCUAGAAGCCAAGGUUGCUAUGCAAAGACCUGAGGCUGUGUGUCUUGUUGGAAAAGGUAUUUGGGAGGCAGUGUGGAGGGUUCGCCAUGGGAGACCUAUCCGUAAGGAGGAGUUUCGAUAUGGAUGGCAAGACGUUUCUGAGAAUAUGGGAUGCGUUUCUGGUUCGGAUUGGAGUGGUGCGCCCGUUUUUGUGGCAACGACGACUAGUGGACUGGCGGCGGGGAUGAGACCUGCUGAGAAAGAAGCUAUUUGGGCCGAGCUGGGGAGCUGGGUUGCGAGGCGCAGAGUAGAGAGGACGUUGUCUUCUGCUGCUGUUGCGGCUGUGGUUUAG